AUGAAGUUCCGAGAUGGAAUGUGGUUGGUGGCGGAAGACAAACGAGUCGAGUAUGCUGAAGACAUAUACUCAAUCGAGGAGUGCAACGGAGGCAAGAAGCUUGGCUUGCUUUGUCCUACUGCCAAGAUCCGUUCGAGAGGCGACACAUUGAACAGGCCUACCUUGACCGUGGAUCUCGAAGCUGUUAGCGAUGGUAUCUUGUCUGUGGAAGUGACCCAUUGGCAUGGUGCUGUCAAGAAAGGUCCUGACUUCGAACUCUUUCCGGCCGGGCAGCCCCAAGUCAGUGCCUCGAUCUCUAAGACAGACACUGACACAACUCUUACCUCGGGCAGCGUCGCAGCAACAGUCACUGCGAAACCACACACGUUCGAUGUCCAGUUCCACAGCGCAGAUGGCAAGCAUAAGCUGACAUCGUUGCUCGACCGAAGUGUUGCUUUCGCCUUCUCGCCAGGACCUGGCAGCCCCAUGCAGACCGCCGAUAUGCGAGACUUCAAGCAUUACAUCCUGACACAAACCACCCUUGGUGUCGGCGAGCAAGUUUAUGGUCUCGGCGAGCGAUUUGGCACUCUCAAUAAGGUCGGCCAGAGCAUCAGCUUGUGGAACGCAGAUGGUGGAACAUCUAGCGACCAAGCUUACAAGAACAUAUCCUUCUGGCUGUCGAAUCGAGGCUAUGGUAUUUUCAUUGACACACCGGAACGGGUCGAGCUCGAAGUCGGAAGCGAGCGAAGCUGUCGUGUCCAGACCAGCGUGGAAGGCCAGCGCUUGAAAUGGUACAUUAUCUAUGGUCCAAGUCCAAAGGAUAUCCUGAGCAGGUACACCACCCUGACUGGCAAGCCAAACAAGGUUCCGGCUUGGAGUUUUGGCCUAUGGUUGAGCACGUCGUUCACCACGGAGUACGAUGAGAAGACAGUCAACAGCUUCAUUGAAGGCAUGAGGGAUCGUGACAUACCACUUCAGGUCUUCCACUACGAUUGCUUUUGGAUGCGCGGAUUCCGCUGGUGCGACUUCGAAUUCAUGUCCUCACACUUCCCAGAUCCCAAAGGUCAGAUCUCGAGACUCAAAGACACUGGACUGAUCACGAAGGUUUGUGUAUGGAUCAAUCCGUAUCUUGGCCAGGCAUCUCCGGUGUUCAAAGAAGCGGCCGACAAAGAUUAUCUUCUAAAACGAAAGAAUGGCGACGUCUUCCAAUGGGACCUAUGGCAGGCAGGUAUGGGUAUUGUCGACUUCACCAACCCAGCUGCAUGCGAAUGGUUCGUAGGCUGCUUGAAAAAACUUUUCGAUACCGGGGUGGAUUCCAUCAAGACCGACUUUGGCGAGCGGAUUCCAACGCAAGACGUUCAGUGGCAUGAUGAUAGCGUCGAUCCUGCGAGAAUGCACAACUUCUAUCCUUUCAUGUUCAACAAGCUGGUCUUCGAAGCCUUGCAGGAGCGCUAUGGCAAGGACGAGGCAGUUUUGUUCGCCCGGUCGGCUUGCGCUGGUACGCAGCGGUUUCCACUACAAUGGGGUGGCGACUGCGAGAGUACUUUCGAGGCCAUGGCAGAGUCUCUGCGUGGUGGGCUGUCACUUGGUCUUUCCGGCUUCUCAUACUGGUCUGUGGACAUUGGCGGCUUCGAAGGAUACCCGGAUGCCACUAUUUACAAGAGAUGGGUCCAAUUUGGACUGCUGUGUUCGCACUCCAGGUUGCAUGGCAGCAAUUCGUAUCGUGUGCCGUGGCUCAUCGAUGACGACGACACGAGUGAGCAGGGGUCUACAGCCGUGCUCAGGAGGUUCACCCAAUUGAAGUGCAGGCUCAUGCCCUACCUGUACAGUCAGGCGAUAGAGUCCAUGAAGCAUGGCUGGCCAGUCAGCGUUCGCGCGAUGGCACUGGAGUUCCCAGAUGAUCGCACUGCUUGGUACUGCGAUCAGCAAUUCAUGCUGGGGAGCUCUAUCCUCGUGGCACCCAUUCUCAACGAGUCCGGAGACAUUGAGUUCUACUUGCCUGCCGGACGAUGGACCAGUAUCUGGGACGACACUGUGGUCAAUGGUCCGCGGUGGGUGAAAGAGACGCACGGUUCUGACACGCUGCCAAUCUACCUUCGAGAAGGAUCCAUCUUGGUCCUCGGCAAGUCCGGAGAGAAGAGGACCGUGUAUGACUGGACAAAGCCUGACAACCAUGAAAUCCGACUGAUUGAACCAAACGCAAACAGCAAGUUCCAGUUGUAUGACAGCGAUGGACAGUUCUAUGCCACUUUGGAAACGCAGGAGGAUAAUGGUGCGUGGAAGGUCAAAGGUAUGGAGGCCUUGAAUGUGCGCCGGCACAGUCGCGACCAGAACUACUAA